AUGCUUAAAUCAUUUUUGAGAACAGUUAAUAGCGCCACCAGAUCAUCUGGAGGAGUCCUGUCCCCUAAUCCCAUUACCAUUUACCAUCAGACAAAUUCUCAUGCGUCAGCCCAAUUAUUGAGUAAAUUACAUGCCUAUAGUAUGUUGCCAAGCACACUGAACAAGUAUGAUCAGUACCUGGAUGUUCAGACGCAACCUUUUAAGUUUCAAGUUAACAUUAAGAUCAACAAGGGCUUAAGCUACCAGGACUAUUUAUUCAUCAUGAAUGAGUGUCUGGAUAUCCAUCCAGACAACAAGCAAAUACUUCAGAGAUUGAUGAAAUUGAAUAAAUCAUACGACAUGAAUGUUUUAAGUAGAGAAUCUUUUGAGAAGUUACUGCAAGGCAUUACACUGUCUGAACCGUUGGUGAUUGAUUAUAAGAACAAUUUGAUUGCCAAUGAUGAAAAGACUUUUGAUAGAAUAAUGGCUAACUAUUUAAGUUGCGGAAUCCAACAUUCCUACAACGUGAAUAAUUUGAAUCCUACUGGUAGGACCACAAGUUCUCAAAUGCAUGAAGUUCAUCCUCAUGUGGCAGAAUUUGCAGAUUUGUUUUAA